AUGAUACUCACUUUCCUGUCAUACGUGUUGGUUGGAGUGUCGGCUCACAUUUCUGCCUUUUGGAGGUUGAACAGCGAACAGGAAGGGUAUGAUGCUGUUUUCUGCUGUUUUAUGAAAUGUCUGGAUACGCACCUUCAAAUACUGAGUAUAGCAACGAAACAUAUUCGAGAAAGGUUACUUUCCAAAGGUAACAUGACUAUAGAUUACGUAGUGGUUCAUGAUGACAGUUUCUCAAACUUUGAACAAGAAAUGUACGAAGAGAUGAAAAAAUGUAACCGUCAUCUGUCGUUUCUGCUCAGAAUCAUCCGGGAUAUCGAUGAAAUAUUCAGUUUCAUCAUGUUGCUCCAGUGCAUAACAUCAAUGUUCAUGAUGGCAUCGAACUUUUUUGUAGCAUCUAUGUUAUCACCUUUCGACCCCGAAUUCUACUCUUUGACAGAAUACAUGUUUGCUGCAUUAGCACAGCUUUGUAUGAUAUGCCAUUUUGGUGGUAGAAUUACUGAAACGUUCCUCUUACAGCCGUUACCUUUACGAAUGUAACUGGUACAGCACCAGCAGAAGAUUUAAGAAAUGUAUUAUGAUUAUGAUGACUCGACUGCAGAUACCUGUGAUAGUAACUGCAGGGAAGUUUUUCCCGUUGAGUUUAUCUACAAUUAUUUCCGUAAGUCA